CCUUUUUGCGCCUUCAGUGUCUCUCUCUCUCUCGCCCGAACCUCCUCCGCUCCACGCUACAGAACAAAUAGUAGGAGGGGAGCGAUCUUCUUCCGCCGCCCCGCUCGGUCCUGCAAUGGAGGCGUGACCCGUGAGCGGUGGUUGGCGCCGUAGGGGGAUAGGGAAGGUCCAAAAUUUCGGGCGUUUGAGCAGUUCUAGGCUAGCAUGGGCAAGUCCCCGGCGAAGUGGAUUAAGUCGGUGAUCCUCGGAAAGAAAUCAACCAAGUCCAGUUCCGUCAAGGCAAAGGAUUUGCCGAAGGCUGGAAACGGGAAGGAGCCUGAAUUCUCUGAUAAUUCUCCCCUGAUCUCCGAGCCGGUACUUGUUAGCUCCCACAACAAUGGAAUUGCGUCAGAAAUUUCCAACUUGCCCAAUGGGAGCGCAAUGGAAAACAUGGUUAGAAUUGGGUCUGACGUGCAAAUUAGUCCCGAGAAACUGAGAGAAGAACAAGCAGCAGUGAAGGCGCAAGCGGCUUUUCGAGGUUACCUGGCACGCAGGGCCUUCCGCGCAUUGAAAGGCAUCAUCAGACUUCAGGCACUGAUUCGAGGGCAUCUUGUAAGGAGGCAGGCUGUUUCAACCCUUCGUGCAACAUGGUUGAUUGUGAAGUUCCAAGCUCUAGUUCGUGGGAGAAAUGUUAGAUCUUCCAGUGCUGCCAUGCAGUUAGCUGUGAAGUUUGGCCAACAUAAGUAUGGGGGUGACAGGUCGUCUGAUGCAUGGAAGGAGAAGCUAUCUUCACAUCCAUAUGUUCAAAAGUUUCUGUCUUCACCAGUUUUGGUACAAGCUCUUCACGUUCAGUAUGAUGAGACGAACCCCAAUUCAGCCCACAACUGGCUGGAGAGAUGGACAAUAGGCUGCAUCUGGAAGCCUGUUUCCAAACCAAAACUAGUUGCUGAUGGGAAACCGCAAGUAAGGAAGGCCAGUUAUGCCAUGGAAACUCACUCAGCAAAGUUAAAGCGCAAUGUUCGGAAGUCUUCUGCUGCCACUGUUGAGACUCAGACAAACACCGUAGAAACUGAAAAAUGGAAAAGAAACCCACGGAAAUUCAAUGGCUCACCUGCUGAUUCAGUACCAGAUAGCCAGUUAUCUGAACUUGAGAAGGUUAAAAGGAACCUUAAGAAGGCAGCUAACUCCAUGGCUGAAGCCUCUAAGAUAUCUACAAAGGCUGAUGCCCCCAAGGCAUCCAAUUCCAUAGCUCACGAGCCGAAGAUAUUUGGUUCCAUGGCUGAACCCUCAGAAAUAUCCAGCAUACUGAACGGUAUCUCUGACCAUCAAGACAGCAAAUGCGAGAAAGCACUAGAGAGUACACGCGAGGCUCUGUUUGCACCUGAAACUCAGGAUUCUCACAGUGGCAAUCUUUUGGAAAAUUCAAAUUUGGAUAAGCUGGCAUCUGAUACAAAAUAUGAUCUAGAAACGCCAUUCUUAACUGGGGACAAAGUUAAUGAACCCACUACUGUCUCUCAAGCAGAUGAAGUGAACCUUGAUAACGGAUAUGAUAUUACAGAAAGGAAAGAAGAGACUAGGUCCAAGGAAGAACCUCUGCCUAAUGGAAGCCUUAGAACCAAGAGAAGGUCUUCGUUCUCUAAUUCAGAAUACCCGGAGAGUGGAACCAAGAAUACUCCAGUUCCAUCAAGGAAGCCAAGCUAUAUGGCUCCAACAGAAUCGUUAAAGGCAAAAUUGCGAGGACCACCCAGAUUAGAUUCUGAUCUGCCAGUGGACAAGAAUGGCUUCACUCGCCGUCAGUCUCUUCCUUCUGCUGCAAACAAUAGAGGAAUCAAAACUGAAUGGAGACGGUGAAGAGGCUAUCAAACUUCCAUCAGAAGGGUGCAUUGUUGUGGAUGAAGUCUGCUGCUGUAUACCUGUCUCUGUACUUGUUGUUCUGUCUACGUUGUAAGCAUAUGUUGUUACGCCCGUUUCGAGCUGCUUGUGAUGAUAUCUUUGGUGCUAUUUUUUUUCACGAGUUAUCUGUAGUUCCUCUGAGUGUAUUAAAAUGUAUAGCUGCAGUUAUUUGGCUCAUUUCUGUUUUGAUGACGACACAGUUUAACUGAUUGCAUUAUAAGUGCCAAAUUACAAGUCUAAA